CAAGCCUCGUCUUGUCUUCAGUAGUUGAGCACAAGACCAAAGCCAUUCGCACUUGUCUCACAUCAGCCUCGGGCCUCACCCACUUACAAAAUUUCUUUCCUGCUCCCUUCGUCAAUCGCUCUUAAAUAUCUAACUCCCCAGCAGCUUAUGCUCUCUAGAAUCAUAGCUCGAGCAAGUAAGGCUGCACCACGAACUUCACUUUCCCACCAUUUCCAACUUCCCCAACAAGCAACCAUGGCCACCCUCGGCGCACAUUCGAAGAAGCACAAGGUCACGAUCAUAGGAUCAGGAAAUUGGGGUUCAACAAUUGCGAAGAUCAUCGCCGAGAACACCAAGGAGCAUCCUGAUAUUUUCGAGGAAGAUGUGCAGAUGUGGGUGUACGAGGAGGAGGUCGUUCUCUCGAAAGAUUCGAAACAUUACAACGCGUCCAAAGGCGACACCCCGCAGAAGCUCACUGAGGUCAUCAACACCUACCACGAGAACGUCAAAUACCUGCCCAACAUAACUCUUCCCAAGAACAUCAUUGCGAACCCCUCCGUUGUGGACGCCGCAAAGGAUUCCUCUAUUCUGAUCUUCAACCUGCCCCAUCAAUUUAUCGGACGCAUAUCUAAACAACUUGAAGGGAACAUUUUACCUUUUGCACGCGGUAUCUCCUGUAUCAAGGGUGUAAAUGUCACGUCGUCAGAAAUCUCCCUUUUCUCCGAAUGGAUUGGCGAAGGACUAGGAAUCUACUGUGGUGCUCUGUCUGGUGCGAACAUUGCAAACGAAAUCGCACUUGAGAAAUGGUGCGAGACCACAAUUGCAUACGACCCUCCUCCGGUCGAUUCUCGAGCAGCAACCCCAACAGGCCCAUCUCCUUCCUCCUCCUCGAUCAAUCUUACAAUCACACCCGCAGAUGAGCCACAUAAGGAUGCUUUGGGAAGAGCGAGCAAGAUCAAGUUAAAGGCUUUGCCAAACGAGUACCCACCUCUCGACCAUGCCCUUUUCAAGACCCUCUUCUACAGACCAUACUUCCACGUUCGUAUGGUCUCGGAUGUAGCAGGUGUUUCUCUUGGUGGUGCUUUGAAGAACAUUGUUGCGUUGGCAGCUGGGUUCGUCGAAGGUCGAGGCUGGGGAGACAAUGCCAAAGCCGCAGUCAUGAGAGUCGGACUCUUGGAGAUGGUGAAAUUCGGGAAGGAGUUCUUCGGACAAACAGUCAACACAGCGACAUUCACAGAAGAGAGUUGCGGUGUUGCAGAUCUGAUUACCAGUUGCAGUGGAGGCAGAAAUUUCAGAUGUGCCAAGAUGGCUGUGGAGAAGGGCAUUAGUGUCGAUGAAGUCGAGAAGACAGAGUUGAAUGGCCAAAAGUUGCAAGGUACCAGUACAGCGGUGGAAGUUAAUAGCUUUUUGAAGUCGAAAGGAAAGGAGGAAGAUUAUCCUCUGUUCAAAGCAGUUCUUGAUAUUCUGGAAGGUCGGAAUACGGUUGAUGAUAUCCCAGCCUUGUUGGCUCGCGUUGAUGAUGAUUAAUUGCCUACGCUAUGGUGUUAAAUAAUAAUUUCCAGGCAGCUGGAUUUGCAAUAUCCUUGUCUCAUCUUCUUGCCCUAUGUGUUCUCGCAUAGGAUGUUGAUCACUAAUUACAUGUCGCCAAACGGAAUUGGUAUACUGCU